CAAUGGAUAUCGCAAAUUAAAUCUUUCGAGAAAAGGAACUGCACAAAUAUUUGCAAACGUGCCGGCUACGAAAUGUACGCAGAUAAACGUGGCCUAGAGAAGCCCGGCUCAACGCUGUCGGCAGCGGCAGCAGCAGCGGCGGCAGCGGCCGCAGCAGCAGUGGCAGUCACGCAUUUAGCCACGCCCACUCAUGCGCAUGCCCUACAGCAACAACAGCAGCAGCAUCAUCAUGUGCUGCAGCUGCAACAUCAGCAGCAACAGCAACACUUGCAACACCAGCAACAUCACAUGCAACAACAUAUGCACACGCAUCAUAACUUCCAGCAACAUGAGCCCACCACAUUGUCACAGCAGCAACACUUGCAGCAACAACAGCAGCAACAACAGCAGCAGCAGCAGCAGCAGCAACAACAGCAGCAACAGCAGCAGGCCAGCCAACAACAGCAGCAACAGGCAGCCGGCAUGUUUACACGGUUCGAUGCAAACAAAUCGACGAAGGGCGCCUCGAAGAUGCGGCGCGAUCUUAUAAAUGCGGAGAUAGCCAAUCUGCGGGAUUUGCUGCCGUUGCCGCAAUCGACGCGCCAGCGACUGUCGCAGCUGCAGCUGAUGGCCCUGGUCUGUGUCUAUGUGCGCAAAGCCAACUACUUUCAACAAGUCUUCAAGCGUCACAAUGCGCUGCAUCAACAUCAUCAGACAGCAACACCAAAUAUUGGCUUCUCGAAGGCACUCUCCGGCUUUCUCAUGAUGCUCACACAAAAUGGCAAAUUGCUCUAUAUAUCGGAUAAUGCUGCCGAGUACCUGGGACAUUCCAUGGAGGAUUUACUUAUACAUGGGGACUCCGUUUACGAUAUCAUUGACAAACAGGAUCACGCAACCAUACAAGCCGAACUAAAUCGGAACGUGCCACCGCAGCCAGGUGGCAGCAGCAACAGCAGCAACGUCGGUGUCGGUGUCGGCGUCGGGGUUGGCGAUUCGACAGCCAGCAAUGGAACUGGCGGCGCCUCAAGUCUGGAGGGAGAGCAUCGCAUGUUUCUCUGUCGCAUGAAUGUUAGCCGCAAUGCGCGACGGCAAAUGCGUUUCGGUGAUCAGAAGGUCGUUCUGGUACAGGGUCACUAUUUGUCAUUCCUGCCGCUCUGCAGUCGGAACGAGCCCGUCUUUUUAGCCACCUGCACGCCCAUCGCCAUGCCUGAGACGCGCGAGUGUGUGGUGCAGGGCGCCACCAAUGUUUUUACCACCAUACACUCCAUGGAUAUGAAAAUCGCACACAUCGACAAGAAUGGCGAGUUCCAUUUGGGGUAUGACAAGGCGUCGCUACAGGGCACAUCCUGGUAUAAUCUGAUACACAGCGAAAAUCUACGCGAGGCUCAAAGCAAACACAGGCUAAUUACGCAAUCGGAACAGGAUCGUAGUUGUAUACUGCUCGUACGCAUGCAGCGCUCCAGUGGUGAAUACACCUGGGUGCAUGUGGUACUCCAGGUGCGAGAUAGUCCAGACUCAACCCAGCAGCCAGUCAUUGUGUGCACCAACCAGGUGCUGAAUGAUCGUGAGGCUUCCAUAAUGCUGGCCAACUCUUGGCUGUAUCACUAUUACACAGUGCAGUCGAAGAUACAAUUUGGCAUGCCGCUGGACAGUGCUAUGCGUGUACCGCCUGGCAGCAGCUCCACCGGCUACUAUAGUUCGCAUCAGCAGCCGCAUGGAGGCGGUGCCACCAGCGUUGGUCUGGGCAUAUCCGGCGCGACGGCAGGCAUGUCCAGCGUAUUCGGCAGCCAUCAUGCGCAUCAUCAUCACCAUCAUACAACGGCAGCAACAUCCUACCAUCACCAUCAUCCGCAUAUGGGUGCCGCCUAUGGGGGCGUCUACCAUGCAGAAGGCGCACUUGAGCUUAAGGAGGAUCAACAGCUAUAUGGCUAUCAGCCGGGCACCGGUCCGGAGCCUGUAGAUUAUAGUCAAGUGAACGGCACGCCCGCCGGCAGCAGUCAAAAGUCCACACAGUCGGCAACACCGCCGCCGCCCAAGAAGCGAGCGCGUAACAAACUGGAGCCGCUUUAUUUGCAUGCCGAGCGUUCACCGGCGGCAGCUAUCACGCCGGAGCCGGACUGUUAUGCACUGCAUCCGGGCGCUGCUUAUGCUACAACAGCAGCUGGUGUGGCAGCCAGCAGCAGCGAUGCCACCGCCUCGGUGAUUUAUGCCACCAUUGUGCCAACACGUCCGCGUUUGCUGAACAAGACGCUGCCGCCAGAUCCGGCGGAUUUUAUUGAACAAUGGAAUCCCAGUCCGCCCUGGUCGGAAUCGGCGCAGAAGGCAUCGCUGGAUAGCUUUGGCUCCUCGCAUGAGCUGAGUCCCUGCAUAACAACAACGCCACCCACGCCCACCAGUGCCACGCCCCAUCAUGGCGGCAUUAGCGCCCAAACAAUCGGACCAGCCUUCAGCUUUGAAUGGAUGUCGGAUCCGCUGGUGCCGGUUGCCUACCAGCAAUGGUCGCCAGCAACUGGAGACCAUCACCAGCAUCUCUCCCAGCAUUUGGCAGCGGCACAGCAGCAACAUCAGCAGCACCAACAUCAACAGCAACAGCAGCCGCAUCCACAGCAUACACAGCUAACACAUCACGGUGUGCAUGUGGAGCGUGUGGAGCUUGCCGCUGAAACGAUGGUGGGCACGGGUCGUGCGGAUGCCAACGAACCGGUCGAGGAUAGAGAUCCAAAAAAUUAGUGACCUGCGCAUUAUGCAAAGCUCGGAAAUACCCAGCGCGGCUCGGCGUGCAACGGGCAGGUGAUAAUCACACUUAAAUUAAUUGCCACUUGUCAUCUUAGCAUUUAAAUUAUUU